AUGCGGCGCCUGGUGCUGGCGGCGGUGGCGGCGCUGCUGGCCGGAGCGCCCGGGGCAGGCGUCUGUGGCGCUCUGAACGUGACCGUCUCACCAGGACCCCGAGUGCAGUACGCGAUAGGAGAAAACGCUACCCUGUUUUGCCACAUUUCUCAAAAGAGACGGACCGAGAGCCUGCUAGCCGUCCGUUGGGUCUUUGCCCUCCCACCUUCCCAAGAGUAUCUGAUGAUCAAAAUGACUAAGUACGGGGUAGUCCAGUACUACGGAAACUACACGCGUCACUUCUAUAAGCAGAGGCUGCUUCUUCUGGAGGAAAGACAUAGAACAGUGUACAAAUUUUUAAUCUUGAAUCUCCAACAAACGGAUCAGGGGCACUAUAUCUGCAAAGUCCAGGAGAUUGGCAAAUACAGGAGCAAGUGGACUGUGUGGUCAAAUGGCAGUGCGUCUACUGAAAUCCAAGUGAUUUCCUCUAAAGUUUCAGACGACUCUGCAGCUGGGAAGAACCACAAGGCCUGGAAGUUUUUUGAAGAUAUGUAUGUCUACGCCGUGUUUGUGUGCUCCAUAGGCAUCGUGAGCAUUCUGCUGUUCACUCUGGUCAUCCUCUGCCAGACCUUAAUCAACAAGAAACGAUCUCGAGUAAAACAUUACUUGGUGAAGUGUUCCCAGAACAGCUUAGGGGAGACAGGCAACGGGGUAACCAGCGUGUCUCUGGCGGAGCCCCUAAAAGUCAAAAGGAAGAAGGAGAAAGCGGAGCAACCUCCUGCCGUUCCAGCCAAAGCACCAAUAUCCAACACUUUCCCGAAGCCUAAACUUCUGAAACCGCAAAGGAAAGUCCUGCUGCCCAAAAUUGCGGAGGAGAAUUUAACCUAUGCUGAACUGGAGCUCCUCAAGCCCUACCAGAAGGAGAAAGGCAUCCCGACAGUGACUGUCUAUGCUCAGAUCCUCUUUGAGGAAAACAAGAUGUAA